CUCCAGGGCUACAACGGGCAGGAGAAGGUCUACAUCGCCACCCAGGGCCCCAUGCCCAACACCGUGUCGGACUUCUGGGAGAUGGUGUGGCAGGAAGGAGUGUCGCUCAUCAUCAUGCUUACUCAGCUACAAGAGGGCAAGGAGAAAUGUGUCCGCUACUGGCCCACCGAAGAGGACACCUACGGGCCCUUCCGAGUCUGCAGCCGGGAGGAGGAGGAGCUGCCGGAGUACACGGUGCGGCGGCUGGCCCUGCAGCACCAGGAGGAGUGCCGGUCGGUGAAGCAUGUCCUGUUCUCGGCCUGGCCUGACCACCAGACCCCUGAGUCGGCCGGGCCGCUGCUGCGUCUGGUGGCCGAGGUGGAGGACAGUCCGGAGGCGGCCGCCAGCGCCAGGCCCAUCGUGAUCCACUGCAGUGCAGGGAUCGGCCGGACUGGCUGCUUCAUUGCCACUCGAAUAGGCUGUCAACAGCUGAAGGCCCAAGGAGAAGUGGACAUUCUGGGCAUCGUGUGCCAGCUGCGGCUGGACAGGGGGGGCAUGAUCCAGACCACGGAGCAGUAUCAGUUUCUGCACCGCGCCUUGGCCCUGUACGCGGCCCAGCUGCCUGGGGAGCCCAGCCCCUGACCCGGGCGCCCCCGUCCAGCCCCGGUGCCCCCUACGCCCGCCUGAGAAGGUGGGUCCGGAGAAAGCAGGCUUUGCCACCUGAGCCCCCCAGUGGGCAUGGGGACCCCCUCAGCGAGCGUGUGCAGCAAGGACCGACGCCAGACUCCUCUGCUUCCUCGAGCGGCCCCAAGUGGACCCAGGGGGAACCCCCUCGUCUCUCUGAGCUUCAGGACGGGAGCUGACAUCUCAACAGAUCUGAGAGGCACUGGGGUAUCUUGAGCUUCGGCCUCUGCAUGUCCGACGUUUGGGGCUUUGCUGCCAUUGAGGGAAGGCAGUCAGAGAAGUUCUAGACACCGUUCCAGCUGCACCCCCUUCCUGGGCUGGCCAGAGUGAGCCCACACCAGGCCAGACGCCAGGCUGGGAAAAGUCUGGUCAUGACCUUGGCCAAGUUGUCAACAUCCAGGCAGUGACUAUGUAGAUGCCCCCGCCCAGGGAACAAGGACCCAGACUCACCCCGAACCCACACAUGUGUCUUAGGAACAGGCUGCAGAGGUGACCUGGAAGUCAAAGUCUCUUCAAGAGGGGACAUGGGGACCCAGCAGAGGCCUGGAGGGUGCCUGUCCAUUCGCCACAGCUGCUCCCCAGGGAGGCCUGGCACCCUGUCCUCCCUUCGUGACCUCAGAAGACACCCUGGGCACCUUGGAAGCACAAAAGGAAGACAGAGUGACAAAGAGCACCACCCCUCGUUUGCAGAGGAUGUCGGGGAGCUGGUUGUUCCCAUGACAACCGUGGUUCAGCCUUCCAUGCAGACCUGGGGCUCAGACCGAACCUGGCCCUUAGUCUACCCGGACGACGACCCCUCACCUCGGCAGCAGCCCCGUCCCCAGGGCUGCACAGCCCCGGAAGGCAAGCAAAGCCCUCAUCCUGGAACUCGAGAUGUGCUGCCCACAGGGACGGGGGGACAUGGCGUCCCGGGCACUCAGCCCCUGAGGUGGCCUUUGCUGAUGCCAGCUCUCCACAGAGUCGUCCUGGGGACCCGAGCCUCACCGAGGAACCCGUCCCCCUCACAGCACGCCACGCUGUGCCCCCCGAGGCUGGGCCGAGGGCUCUCCAGUGCCCGGCAUCGGCCCACGACCCCCUCCCUGGGCGCGCAGCGCCUGCCCUGUGCAGGACGAGAGGGAAAAGCAAUCGAGUGGGAACAUAAAGGGUCUGAGCGGUC